UUCAGUGUUUUGGAGAUGCCCACUGGAUGAGCGCCAGUGCAUUUGGUCAUGGGAACAUCGCAUUUACAUCCAUCUGCGUUUCAGUUAGCUGCUGGUGGUCCUGUUAUGCAACAUGCAGCCCUGGAGUUACUGGAAGAGUCCUGUGAGUGGGCCUUCCUGAAUCCAGGGGGUUUCCAAGCCCACCCAUGCCUGUCAUUCCCAUCCCACGGAGGGUUCGCUCCUUCCAUGGCCCUCACACUACCUGCAUGCACUCCGCCUGUGGCCCGGCGCGCACUGCCCAGCUCGUACGCAGCAAAUACAACAACUUUGACCUGUACCUGAAGUCUCGGUGGAUGUAUAGUUUUCAUCCGGUUCCUCCUCUCUAUUUUGGCUGCAGUCUUUUAACCUCCCUCCUCUGGGUGGCACUAUCUGCACUCUUCUGCCUGCAGUACGUCAGCGUGCGAAUUUUCCUUCGUCUUCAAUACAAGCUGUCCGUCAUUCUACUGCUGCUGGGUCACCGCCGGCUGGACUUUGGCAUCCUCAAUGAUCUGUUUAUAUACAGCAUGCAUGUUACCAUGUUUCUGAUCGGAGGCCUGGGAUGGUGUUUCAUGGUCUUUGUAGAUAUGUGAAGUUCGGACUGGUUGAAUGAUCACUGUGUUGAAAGGCACUCCGUUUGAUUUGCUUUUUGAGCAUGCAAAUUUUACACAUCUUGACAGAACUGAGAACAUGUGUGCGACACUAUUAAAAAGAGCUGAAAUCCUUUUCCACAGCUUGCUUCUCAUUCCAGUGUAAGAAAAAUGUUAUGAGCGUGCAUGUUUUUUUCUUUUUUUAAAUUUUUUUGUUGUGUGUUGUAUUCUAACACUGUGCGUAGGGGAAUAUGAUUUACUUUUUGUUUUUAAUGUCAGUAAACCAAUGUUUCAUGUGUUUUUAGAUCUGCAUGUGCCUCUUAUGUUUGCUUUUGAGAAGGUGCUAUUUUAUCUCGGUUUUCCAUCCUUCCAUUCUCAUGCAGAAAUAUCCUUUACUAAUGGCCACUUUCAGCUUACUUGCAGCGUUCAGACCAUAUUAUUAGUAUGGUGCCAAUCAGAGCAUGAGUCUGAUGCCCCAUGUUGCAUUAGUGUGGUGUUAUUGGCGCCAGCCUGGCAUGAAAGUAAAGUGAGUGAGUACAAUCUCCUAUUGUUUGAGGAUCAAACAUCAUAUGCCUCACACUUGGCCAAGCAUGCUCUUUUGUUCUGAAACUGAAUGGACACCAGUGACAUUUCAGACAAGCCAUUGUACAGCUCAACCCAGAAGGGUCAGAGUGACCUGAUGAAACGACACAUGUACAGCUGCCUGAUGACUGGAGUAUCACCUGUGUCAAAUGGAGGGACACAUAUCUACUACUGCAGACCUGCUCAAAUAGUUGUUGUGGUGUAGCACAGUUCAAUAACAUCUCAGGAACAGCAACAAAACACUAUGAAUAAAAAUUGUGUAAAUCUUACGUGCAGUUAUAAUUUCUGUGUAUAAUAAAUGUGUCCUAGACAA